AUGUCGGAGUACUCGAUGAUUCACGGCAUGCUGUUCACCGCCCCUGUUUUUCGUUCGUUGACCGUGAGACUCGCCCAUGUUCUGCGUUCGUCAGCCGUUGCACUCGCCCCUGUUCUGCUUCACUGCGUUUGCCUCCCUUCCCCUGUUUGUCACUCUUGUUCUUCACUGCCGAUCUGCUUCAAUUCUGCCCUAUUUUCCAAGGUUCAUACAAAGAGAAGAAAUCGAUUGCAUCAAAAGAAACUGAAUAAUUUAGUGUAUGUGAUGUAUAAUUUGAAGUUAAAGGGCAAGCAAAUUAGAAAAACUCCAGAACUUGAAUUUGAUGCAGUGCAUUCUGAUGAUGAGUGGAUAACUGAAGAUGUUAAUGAAAAUAUUGCUGAAAGUGUUGAGCAUUCUCACUUGCCAAUGAAUGACAAUACUAAUGAUGAUCCAAAUAGUAAUGAAUUUGCUAUUCCAAGUAUGAAUAGUAAUGAAUUCAACAUGGGUGAGGGAGGUGACAAUGAGUUUAUUGGGGAUCCACAACAAAAUUUAAUAAAGGAAGAAGAUGAACAUGUGAAUGAUGAUGAUGAUUUUGUUGGACAUGUUGAACCUGAGCCUGAAAGAAAUGAUGUUUCUGAUGAAGAUGGUGAAGAUGAUGAUGUUGAUGCCAUGAAAGAUGAAGAUAUUUGAGGAUUUAAGUUUUAGACUUUAUUAGAACAUUUAAUUGUUGCUUUGUUGUUUUCUUUUGUGUUUUGGUUGUGUCUUAUGAAGCUUUGAUUGUGUGAUUGUGUGUUUUAUGUUGAACUAGAUACAUACUUGUGAAGGAUUUAAAUGUGUG